GGAGAGGACCGGGCGUCGUCCUCCCCUCCUCACGGAACAAGCGUGUACGGCGGCAACGGCUCCGUACGAUGCACGUUAAGAUGGAGGGGGGACGGGGGGGAGGAACGUCCGCAGGGACCCGGCAGGAAAUGGUGUUCGUGUAGGCGCAGAGGCGAAACGCCAGCUUCGGGGGCUGCGUCUCUGUGUGGUGGUGGCGCGUGCACGCACGUGCGAACGGGCAGCUGUGAGAGGGUGGGGUGGCAGGCACCGCCCGGCACCCAGCCUCUGAGACUCUGUAGCAGGGGUGCCAACUGGAAUACAAUAUUCGAGGAAGCCCCGCCCUGCAUUAUCGAUCGCUUGACGAGGUGGACCCACAUCAUUUGAAUGGCAAUGCCCAUCAACUUUGGGGGUGGGGUGGGGGAGGCGGGGAAUCAAAUAUUUUAUGGGACCUCUGCCCCUAGGAGUUGGCGCCUGUUUUCUGUAGGGUGGAGUUGGGAAAAGGAAAUGGAAGAUAUCAGGGGGACAGGAGUGUGGUAGAGGCAUUAGCAAAGGAAAUUGUAAGGUGGCUUUCGUUGACUUCCCAACCUUGUUUUUUUUAGUGUGGCACGAGUUUUAGGAGAGUAGUUUCCUGCACCUGUCUGUACACAUUUUUUAUACAUGUUUGUGUAUGUUGUUCACAAAGCUUGUGUGCAUGUGUGGACGUUUAUUGCGUGGCAAACAGCAGCAUCAAAUACAGGCACUCUCAAAUGAUGAUGAAGCUCUUAUUAACAGAAAGUUGCCAAAAGAACUCCUUUUAAGAAUAUUUUCCUUCUUGGAUGUAAUUACCUUGUGUCGAUGCGCACAAGUUUCUAAGUCUUGGAAUGUGUUGGCCCUGGAUGGGAGUAACUGGCAAAGAAUAGACCUUUUUAACUUUCAGACAGAUGUAGAGGGCCGGGUCUUAGAAAAUAUUUCCAAAAGAUGUGGUGGGUUCCUGAGACAACUGAGUCUGAGAGGCUGUCUGGGGGUUGGAGAUACUUCUUUAAAAACAUUUGCACAGAACUGUAGAAACAUUGAACAUUUGAACCUUAACGGAUGCACAAAAAUUACUGAUAGCACUUGCUUUAGCCUUAGCAAAUUUUGCCCCAGGCUAAAACAUCUGGAUCUGACAUCUUGUAUUUCCAUCACAAACAACUCUUUGAGAAGUUUAAGUGAGGGAUGCCAAAAUCUGGAACUCUUGAAUCUUUCCUGGUGUGAUCAGAUUACAAAAGAUGGCAUUGAAGCACUGGUGAAAGGGUGCAGCGGAUUAAAAGCACUAUUUCUUAGAGGAUGCACACAGCUGGUAGAUGAGGCGCUUCACCACAUUGAGACUCAUUGCCAUGAACUGGUUAUCUUAAACUUGCAGUCAUGCAUGCAAAUAUCGGAUGAAGGCAUAGCAGGUAUCUGUAGAGGAUGUCACCAACUCCAGUCGCUUUGUGUUUCUGGUUGUACAAACCUUACAGAUGCUUCUCUCGUAGCACUUGGUCUGAACUGUCCAAGACUGAAGAUUCUGGAGGCUGCAAGGUGUUCCCAUCUCACUGAUGCUGGUUUUGCACUUCUAGCACGGAAUUGCCAUGAACUAGAAAAGAUGGACCUAGAAGAAUGUGUUCUGAUAACAGAUAGCACAUUGAUACAACUUUCCAUUCAUUGCCCUAAACUGCAAGCAUUGAGCUUGUCCCACUGUGAACUGAUCACGGAUGAUGGGAUUCUGCAUCUGAGCAGCAGCACAUGUGGACAUGAAAGACUUCAAGUGCUCGAAUUAGACAACUGCCUUCUAAUCACCGACGUGACCCUAGAACAUCUUGAAAAUUGCCACAACUUAGAAAGAAUUGAAUUAUAUGACUGUCAGCAAGUCACCCGUGCAGGCAUCAAAAGAAUAAGAGCUCAUCUACCAGAUGUGAAAGUUCAUGCUUACUUUGCUCCAGUAACUCCGCCUCCUUCUGUAGGAGGCACUCGCCAACAACUCUGCCGAUGCUGCGUUAUUCUUUAGCAGGUAAAGAGUGGCACUGAAGAUGUUGGAUGAAUGACUGGGAGCAACCAUGGUUAAGCUAUAAAACAAUGUGUUGUUGUUUUUCCCAACCAUCCAAUUCUGCAUUGGUCAUAAUUCCAAUGCUAACUUGCACCUCCGUGGCUUAAGUAUUAAGAUCAUCGGGGAAAACCUUUAGCACAUGUAACCAAAAAUGUAUUUAACUGUUGGCACAGUUGCUCUACAAAUCCUGAACAGGCCAUAGUUCUAUAACUUGCCUUCAAACAAAGGCAAAUGUAUCCUGUUGAACAAAACACUUCUCUGGAAUGGUAUGCAGGAAGCACCCAGAAGAUAGUGGCUUAUCACACUCCCCAGUGCCCCAGAGCAGGCAGUGUCAUGUGAUACACAGAGUUGAACUUCAGCCUUCAUAUAACAUCAAGCAUGGAACAGGUAUAGCCACAGCUGCAAAGGAACUUCUUUGUUCAAUGGAAUGUAAUUAUAAACAAGUGUGUAUAGCUGAUGCCCCGUAAAUUGUCCUGGAUCUCUGCUCCAGUGUACUGUACAAAGUUUGUUGGGUUUUUUUGGGGGGGGGAUCCUGAAGGGAAAAUAAUGCAUUGAAAGGAACCAAGUAAAUUGAGUAAAAAAUCCAAGAAAGGAAUCAAAGCAAUAUAAAAUCCAAAACAAUGAAAAAAGGCAAGGUUGAGAAGAAAAAUGAAAUAGACCAAACACAUGUAAAAGUUGCCAAAUUUUAUUCAGCGCCGGGGGGAAAAACCUGUCUGCCUAGCUGGGAAGACUUAUCCCCCAGCAAGGAUCUUCAUGUGAUCCUGCCUAUCCAGUCAGAGGAGAGGAACCACCCAAGCGUAAGGACUGUGCUCCAGGAGCUGCAAAGGAACCAUCAGGCUUUACCUUUCCCAUGCUUGAUCCCAUAUGACAUCAGGUGCCCCAUGAAGGGUGAAAGCAGCUCAAGAGACUGUCUGCAAGUCUCUUUAUGGGCACUUUUCCAAGAUGUGUUGAAAGACUCUCCUCUUUUGGGUCUAGGGCAGGCAUCCCCAAACUGCGGCCCUCCAGAUGUUUUGGCCUACAACUCCCAUGAUCCCUAGUUAACAGGACCAGUGGUCGGGGAAGACGGGAACUGUAGUCCAAAACAUCUGGAGGGCCGAAGUUUGGGGAUGCCUGGUCUAGGGUCUGAGGCUCCUCUUCCUUCUCUACAGAGGAAUCCUUAGGACUCCCCUGGGAAGGAAGAAGAGUGAUCUCUCUGAUGAUUUUGUGCCUUUUCUUUUUAGGGUAUUAUCCCUAGAUCUGGAAUCAUAAGCGGACCUUGACAUCCCAGUCAUAGUCUUAGAGCAGGGGUAGGCAAUAUAAGGCCCGUGGGCCGGAUGCAGCCCAAUUGCCUUCUCAAUCUGGCCCGCGGACGGUCUGGGAAUCAGUAUGUUUUUACAUGAGUAGAAUGUCUUCAUUUAAAAUGCAUCUCUGGGUUAUUUGUGGGGCAUAGGAAUUUGUUCUCUCCCCCCCCCCAAAUAUAGUCUGGCCCACCACAUGGUCUGAGGGACGGUGGACUGGCCCACAGCUGAAAAAGGUUGCUGACCCCUGGUCCUAGAGAAUCACCAGAUUUUCCAGGUCCAAAUUCUUCCAGUGAGGUUCGCUUUUUGGCAUUGUUCAGAAAGCUGGUCAGUGCUGAUUGAUCAACACCCUUGCAAGGUAGGGCGGCUGCAGGAGUAGCAGAAAAUUUUUAUUCCUUUCCAGAAAAGACCUUGGACAGGUUCAAAUUUCCCAUUGAUGAUGGCCCAAAAGUAGUGCUAUUGUUGGAGGCAGUGGUCCUCUGGGAUGGGGAUACCUCUUUGAAGGAUUAGGCAAGCAAUGUUCAGAGCCAGUGUUAAAGACCGGCCAGCGGACUUCCUCCACAGCUUCUAUUUUGUCUUGUGCAUCCUUCCUUUGGGUGAAGGAUCUGUCGGCAGGAGACUGACAAUAGGCUACACAGAACUCAGAUUUGUCUGGUGACCUCUAGCCUUUGUAGCAGAUACUAGGCUUGUUGGUUUGCCAUUUAGACCUCUGAAGCUAACACAAUGGACAGUUGUACAAUCUGGUAUGUCUUUAAAGGGUCAGUGACUGGGGAGGAGGCCCUAAGGGAUGUGUUAAUCAAAAUUUAAGAAACUGGAUGUUCUUCAGAGGGGGAUCUCUUUCCUUCCUGGCCAUUUAUUGAGAGUCUUGCCUGGACUAGAAUAAGACAUGUUUUCUGUCUUUAUGCUGUUCAUUUCAGGUGGGGGGGAUUGCCUUGAUUUAUUUAACAAAAUUUAUAUACGACUAGAUUGAAAUAUUAAAAUUAUCAAUUAAAAGUUUAAAAUCCUAGAAUGUUCACUUGUAAUGUUCCUCCCUGAUCAGACAACUUAAGCAAGUCCUAGUGUUUUCUUGAUGCCUCCUGUAUGCCAUUAUUUGGAAUGAAAUGUUGGUUACUUACCAUGAAUGUUCUUUCCAGGGAUGUGCAGAAGGUAUCCAUGCCCACCAUAUUUAAGGGACAGCAGUAUGGUAUUUACCGUCUGUCAGCCUCAGCCUCUGUCUUGUGUCAUGCUGAUUUGGAGGGUAUGAUCAGUUUUCCUUUUAGGUGGUAAUAAUCUACUGUUUUAUGGAUGCCUCCUGCACCUUUCCCCGACACUCCAAUUUGCUAUAUUGGAGAAAUGCUAGAGGCUGUUUCCCAAGGGCAAUUGUAAGCCAGUUGCUAAAUCAAGUACUCCAAAGUUGUGAAAGGACUCUUGUAGGGCUCAAAAUAGGAAAGGCAUAUUGUCUAGUACUAGUUACGUGGGCUUUGCUGAAAAGGAAUAAGCAUUUAAGGUGGAGCAGAGCUUUUGUCUCAUGGGAAUCUUUCAUUACAACCCAUUGGGGGGGGGUUGGCAUUGGCGAAAGUGCGCCUUGGGUUACAACCUUUUUUGGUUUACAACUGGACCGGAUUAUGGUUGUAAACCAAGGCACCACUGUAUUAACAUAGCUAGUGUAUGCCCUGAACUCUUAUGUUCACAGUACACUGAAAAUUAAAGGAAUCAGUUCAUUUCAGCUAAGGGGGUAAUCAAAUUGAGGAAAAAAUGUAUGAUUGGAAAUGCACUGCAAAAACUAGGUACUGAUGUCUUAAGACUACUUUAGCUAGGUUAUGCCUUACAUUGAUUGCCAACAAUGGAAAAUGUAUUUCUUUUUCUGUUAAGAGAGGGAUAUUCUGCAGACUAUCUGUCUAUGGUAAUUUAAACUGUUACGGGGGGAAAUCUAAUAGCUUGCCAAACAAAAUUGUUUUGAUAUGUAUUCAACUCUUAAGAGGUAAAGUUUAUGAAAUUCCAGUUAUUAAAAAGGUACUUGCUCCAAGUGAAAAAAUUUGGUACACUAUUAAAUAAAGGCAACCCUAUUUAGGCUGGUUUCAGUCGCCGCCCCC